GCUUUUUGGUGAAAUAUUAUUUAAAAAAUGACGGAAUUUUUUGUGUCAUCACGAGAAACUCAUAUGACGUAAUUUCCCUAAUUGUAGACAUUUAUAGCAAGGAGCCAUUUUGGGUCUGAUGCCCAAAUGGCUCAACUUGCUAAUGAGCUAAAACCAUUUUCUGUAUCUUCUGUCAAUUCAUGCUUGAGUAAUAACACAGUUAAAAAUUACACUGUUAGGUCUGAUAGUCUGUCACUAGGUAGUACUGAUGAUGAAACAGAAGAUACAGAACCUAUGGACCAUGAUUAUAAUCUACCACAAGUGAAAAUUAAGAAGUUCAUUAAUCGUGGCAAAUGGUCAAAAGAAGAGGAUGAAAAGUUGAGAAAAAUAGUUGAGGCUAAAGGGUUUCAUGAUUGGAAAGUAGUUUGCAGUUUUUUUGCAGAUCGAACAGACAUUCAGUGUCAGCAUCGUUGGCACAAAGUUUUAAAUCCUGAUCUAAUAAAAGGACCUUGGACCAGAGAAGAAGAUAAUCGUGUGAUUCAGCUUGUGAAUGAGUAUGGUCCAAAGCGUUGGACAUUAAUAUCUAAGCAUUUGAAAGGACGAACGGGAAAACAGUGUCGAGAAAGGUGGCAUAACCAUUUGAAUCCUAGCAUUAAGAAAACUGCUUGGACUGAGGAAGAAGACCAACUCAUCUAUCAGUUACAUCGUCGCCUUGGCAAUCGUUGGGCGGAAAUAGCUAAAUAUCUACCUGGGAGAACAGACAAUGCCAUUAAGAACCACUGGAACUCUACCAUGAAAAGGAAAUUUGAAGGAGAAGAAAGUAGUGAUAGAAAGUAUAUUAGUAAUGGCUUGUCCCUGUACAGUAGGCCAAUAAUUCCUGGGAGUUCAGUCAAUACUGUCAGUGUCCAGCCCGUUCAGUUGUUUUCUAACAUGUAUAAUAAUGAAAAUCUAAAUCCAGAUGUAGAGCCCAUGUUGAUGCCCAAAGUUGAGUCUUUAAAUCAGGUUUCACUUGGUCACAGUGAGGAAUCACGUAGCCCAAUAAAAUCCCUGACAGACAUUGCUGAUGGUAUCAUGGAUCAGCCAGACUUUGGCAACAUGUCAUCAUUGGACUUGAUGACUGGGAUGGAAGUCAACCCUGGCUGCACUCCUAUCAAAUUUAUCAAACAGGAAAUUGAAGAUGGUUAUGAAAAAAAAGUCAGCCCACAUCUUUUACAGUCGUCCUUUUCUCAAAGCCUAAGCACUCCACCAUCAAUUCUGCGACGAGGAAAAUAUAGACGGCGUCAAGGAGCCACCUUAGCAGAAGAACUUGAGAAUGUCCUACAUGAGCUUGAAGAGCCACUUGAUGGUAUGUCUGGGGAUGAAUUUGUCACAGAUGACCAGCAAGCUAUGGUCUCUCAACCUUUACCUACAACACCUGUUCGUGUGCCUUUUGAGAAUUUGCCUUUUUCUCCAUCUCAGUUUUUAAACAGUCCAAGCCAGUCGUCAGGUAGCAAACUGACCUCUACUCCAAUGUCCAGUCAGGCAUCUUAUGGCCAUUCUAGUAGCAAUGGAGGUAGGGAGUCCUCCCCUCGAACACCGACGCCCUUCAAACAUGCUAUUGCAGAGGUAGAGAGAAGAGCACAGAGCAAAACAUGGAGCCCCAGUGACCUGGAUGACCUGGGGGAAGUGCUGAAAGAUUGUGAUACGGGUUACGAAGCGGAUGUAUCAUCCGGAAUGAAUCCUGCAAGCCAUGCCAGACUGUCUAAAAGAAAGCCAAACAAGGAGGUACCUCAUGUCAGUGUUGCUAUCACACAUUUGCAUAUUCAACACAAUCGUAGAGUAAGACAAUCUCUGGAAAUAAAACUAGCCCAGGAUUCCACAUCAGAAUCAAUAUUCAACUCUCCGGAGACGCCUAGCAAGUCACUGGCUGGAGAUUCUAGUUUGCUGCUAUCCCCUCCUUCUAUCAUAAAGGAGACACUCCCAGAGGAAGUAUUGGAAGAAGUGUUUAGUCUUCCUCACAAGAGCACUGCUGGCUCUAUAUAUUUUGAGUUUGCAAGAGCAAGUAAAGAAAACUCAGAAAAAGUCUGCGAAGAAAAUAAUGUUUACAGAUUCACCGCCAAAGCAGGUAGCAAAGAUUGACCCUUCUUAUCGUCAAGUUGCUUGUGGACUAACCAAAGAUCAAAUAGACAUGACACAGUUGGCUAAAAGCUAUCUGCUGGAGUUUGCAAAUAAGACUUGCUAGUAUCAUUUUUUGUUUUCUUUGUAAUUUAUUUCAUCGUCAUGAUCAAAUUUUUUUCUUAGCUGUUUUCAUUUCAUAUAAUCACUGCUGUGUUGUCCAAAUGUGCUUGUCUAUAGAGAGUAAUGUUAGCUAAUGCCAAGCAACUUGAAUAUUUUGAAAUAUUUUGGCCAAGAAAUAUUUAAGUAAACCAGAAGUUCUAGAACUGGGACAUCAAAAAAAGUAAAUGAAAAACAAUCUAAACUUAAAUACUUUUAAGUAAUUUUAAUGGAAAUAUUUUACUUUAAAAAAAAAAGAUCUCCCUUUUUCUUUAACAAAACCAUAUGGAUCUUCAAGGAACCAACAUAUUUUUAUCCAAAAGGAAGAAAAAUAUAAUCGAAAAUUUAGGAUGAUAUUGUAUCUUUAAUUUUUUACUGUUAUUCUCUCAAAUGUUGUUACUUAAAAAUAAAUUUAUGUAUUUUUAUGUUCCUUUAGCAAGGAAAGAAUUUUAAAUGAGAAGAUGAUUACAAAAUAUAAAAAUUCGCUUUGCUGUUUGUGUAGAUGUGAAUUUUAAUAUUUAGGUUGUUUUGUUUUUUUUCGAAGCAAGACAUAUAUUAUGUUUUGAUUUGUUUUUGUUUUUUUCCAUAAAUCAUCAUCAUCAUCCUGUCAUCUUGAUGUAUUGUUUGUACAAACUUUUUUUAUUAUGUCAUUUGGUGUAAAUUUUUUUUUUCUGUUUUGGUUAAGGUGUUUUAAUAUUUCAAGUCCCAAAGAUAAAAUUUAUUAUUUAUAUUCGGUUAAUGAUUAUAUAGGAAAAGAAUAUAUAAUACGCUUACAAAUCUUAGUAUUUUCUUAUAAACAUAUGAAUCUUAAAACACAUAUUUAAUGAAAUGGCAUAGUCUGAUAUUUAAUAUGCUUAAGGCUUCUACCAUUUUAUCAUAAAGAUAGAUUUCUUAAAACAGAAGUUUUGAGCCAUACUGCUUUUGUAUCAUGUAUUUGUAUAGGCAGGACCUGGGGAAUUUAGAACAUUGUACAAGGACAUGCAGAGUGUAUUAUAAAUGUACUAUACUGAGUGCUUCUAUACUUUUUAUCACAUUAGGUUAUAUAUAUAUAGGCAAUAUGCUUAUUUCAUUCAGAAAUAUCUGUAGUUAAAAUUCAAAAAUGUGUUUUUCAAACUCAAUUUUCCCAACUAGUCUUCUCAACAUUAUUGUUCAAAAAAAAUAUAUUGUGGUCUAAAAUUUUAUGUGCUGGUCUCUUUUUGGUUAAAAUACAUAUCAGAUAAAAUUUCUUUUUUUUUUUCUUUUUUUUUUUUUUAAAUUGAAAAGUGUCACUGAAUAACCAUAUGUACAUACAUUUCAAUAUUUUUUUUUUAAGGUUUGUAAUUAUUGCAUAUUUUUGGUCUAGGAAGUUGGACAUCUUAACAAAACUUGUGCUCAUUAUGUUUCUUAUUACUAGUCAAGACGCCAACCUUGUUUAUAAACCAUGCGAUAGAGACACAUCCGAUGGUGUGCAGAAACUAUAGUUUUCUUUUACCCUUUCAGAAAUUUGAAUGCUUGUUUUUUUUUUUAUUUGAUUACCUUGUGAUUUUCUUUUCUUUUUUAUUUGCUCAACUUCUUGUCUAAUUAAUUAGUUUAUCCCUUGAACACUGAUGUACAAUGAUUGCUACUUCAUCUGUAAUGAUAGCCCAUAAAGAAGACUUAAAUCAUGGAAAUAUGAUUGUAAUUUAUAAGUGGUUUCUUUAAGUGGUUUGAAAUUGAGAACAAACCAAAUUCAAAGGUGUAGAUAAUGAUAAAAUUUAGAAGUUUUUAACUGAAAAUAAUAAUCCCGGUUUGGGUCUUUUGUAUUAAAUGUCUUUGAAAAGCAACUUCAAGCUUAUUUCUAAAGUAUCUAUGAAACUUAAAUGGAUAAAUAUUCUUAUUUAGUCAAAAACUACAUCGGACCAUGUAGAUAGCUUAGAAUUUGUUGGCGUGGCAUUUGAUAAUUUUUAAACAAAAUAUUGAUGACUUGAGACUGGUAAAAUAGUUUAAAACACUGCAUCAUGUUAUAAAUGUGUCUGUUUUUAUAUAGAAGGGAAUUAGAAUACCAACACUAUUUUUAGAUCUUUUCUCGUUCUAAAUUAUUUUCGUAAGAUAACCUUGCAUUAGUAAAUGUCAAUAUAUAUGUCAUGUGCUGAUCUAGUUGUAAAACUGUAUUUCAAGAUGCGGCCAAUAUUUUAAGAUGUGAAUAACUGUUUACUAUGUCCAAUAUGCAUAAUUAUCUUUCUAAUAUGUAUACAGAGGGAAAGGUCCCUUAACAUAGAAGUAUUGGAAGUGAAUUAUGUGACCCUUUAAAGGAAAUGUAACUGUACCUGUUUGAAAAAAAAAGUCUUUAAUCAACUCUCAACAAAAUGACUACAAACAUUUUUGACCGUCAGCUUGAGUGACUGGUUUUGUCUUUCUUACCAUUUUUUAUCUUCUCAGUAGAUAUGUGUUCUUCCCCCUCCCCCCUCACAAACGGUGCAUUGAUUAGAAAUUAAGUCUAAUGCCCUGAGCUCUGUUAUUUCUUGUUUGUCCCUACCUAUAUGUACUGUAAUUGGGGCCUCACUGCUGAGAAAAGAAAAAAAAGGAUGCUGGUGUUAAUGACUAAAUGUUGACAACUCUUAUAACAUUUUGUCACAUUUGUGCCUUCGGUAUGUUUUAUAAUCUAAAUUGUGCCAUUUUUAAACAAGUAAUUUGCAGCCCUCCCAACAGCAACAGUGUUCUUUCAGAAAAACCUUUUUGGUUUGAAUUGUGUAUUUAUUUAUUCUUUAUUUAUGUCAAAAACACAAACUUCCAAAUGAAUGCACAAACGUUUAAGUAGCCUUACAGUAUCCAGGAAAUAGAUGAAUUCUAACUUGGGACCCUGACUGUAGACCAACACAAACCUUACAGUAUCCAGGAAAUAGACAAAUUCUAACUUGGGACCGUAGUUCAUGUGACUGUAGAGUGCAAUCAUCAUUCCUUACAUGUGACUUUUUUUUUUUUUUUUUUGUUGCUCAUUUAUUUUAAGACUGAAAGGUCUGUGUGCUUUCUUUUUAAUUGUUGCCUUUUUUUUAUUUGUAAAUUCAUUGGCCUUAAAAAAAAAAGCAGCUGUUAUUUGAUGGUCAGAGGAAAGAUGUCAAACAGGAGUAGACCUUGGACCAUUCAUAAUAACUCAGGAAUUGAAAUACUUAUUUCUCCUUCUACAUGCCCUGUGAAAUGAUUAGACCUGUUUGACAUGCUUUGAUUGAAAUUGGUAAAGUGCAUUCUUUGGUGAAAAUGUUUAUGCCUAUGACAUGUUUAGAUAAUUUGAUUAUGUGUUUACAAGCUUAGAUAAUCACUAUUUAUACUGUCAGAUCUAGUUAUAUUGUAUUGUUGAUCUCCACACCAUUUUGAAGUAAGAAGAUACAUUACUAAUUGAGAGAAAAGAUACCCCCAAGUUUCUGGCACUUUUUUUUUUUUAGUGAAAAGUAUUGAAGUGUCGAAAUAUGAACACAUUUCAUUUUUAAUAUAUUUUUUUAACACCUGCAGAUACUGAAUUAUUGAACUAUGGUAACUCUUUCAGUUUAAAUUUAUAUUACGUCUAUUUUGUUUUUGUACAUUGAUCUUUUUUUUUUUUUUUUUUUUCAUGUUUUCUCUCGAUCAUUUUUGAAUGAGUGCUUAUCCAAAUAUAGCUCUAGAAACUGUCUUAAUACAAACAAAAAUAAUGAUGUUCCAGCAUGUCCAAAGCAAAAAUACAUUACUUUCUGUUUCAUAAGGUCACUUAUGUAAAGCCCAUUGUAAAGUUCUUAGGAAUAAGUUCAACUUGGUGAUUGAUAAAACCAGAUCUGACUCUGAUAUUUUAUUAGGAAAUAGUUCCGUUUGUUUUCUCACUAUGUUCUGUUCUGUAUUUUUAUUUGUAACUAAGAUCUGAAUUUUUAACUAUUAUUUAUAUUGGUAUCAUUAUUUUGUGACAUCUAUGAAUUGUCCAUUGAUUGUGGAAAUCUAGAGAAACAGAUUUUUAGCUCAUUAGUUUGUUUGCCCCCUAUAGGUUUAGUCCUUUUUUUAUUUAUAGCUCUACGAGUGAUAGAUUUUUAGUAACAAAGACCAUUGGUUUCGUUUCUUUUUAUGUAGUACAUUCUUUGGCAAUAAACAUUUUUACUAUUGA